GUCCACGCGUUUUACUACCUCUGGUACGGCGUGCCGGCGGUGGACGGCAAGUGGCUCCACUGGGACCACAAGGUGCUGCCGCACUGGGACCGCGCCCGGCGUCGACGCCGGCCGCGCCGCGCCGCGACGGCGCCUCGCAGGUUCUACCCCGCGCUCGGCCCCUACAGCUCGCGGUCCGCGGACACGCUGGACACGCACUUCGCGCAGAUGGCCGCCGCGGGCAUCGACGCCGCCGUGCUGUCCUGGACGGGCCGGCCGGACGCGGCGGCCGUGUCGGACACGCAGGGCGUCGUGACGGACAACGCCGUCGCGGCCGCGGCCGCGGCCGCGAGGGCGCACGGCGUCGGCGCGGCGAUCCACCUCGAGCCCUACGAGGGCCGCCACCCGACGUCCGUGCGGCGGGACCUCGAGUACCUCGUGGGCGCGUACGGCGACGCGCUCCACCGCAUGCCGCGGCGGCCGUGCGGCGACGAGCCCGCGCUGCCCGUCGUCUACGUCUACGACGCCUACCACAACACGAAGGAGGACUGGGCCGAGCUGCUCUGCCCGGGCGGCGCGCGCUCCAUCCGCGGCACGGCCCACGACGUCGUCGCGAUCGCGACGCUGCUCGACGCGCGCGAGCGCGCGCUCGUCGACGAGGGCUGCUUCGACGGCUUCUACACCUACUUCGCCACGGAGGGCUUCACCUUCGGGAGCACGGCGCGGAACUGGGCGCAGCUGGCGACGUGGGCCCGGGAGCGGAACCUCCACUUCUCGCCGAGCGUCGGGCCGGGCUACAACGACACGCGCGUCCGGCCCUGGAACCGCGCGGCGACGCGGGACCGCGCCGACGGCCGCUACUACGCGAAGAUGCUCCGCAGCGCCGCGACGUCCGGCGCGGACAUGAUCUCCAUCACGUCCUUCAACGAGUGGGGCGAGGGCACGCAGAUCGAGCCCGCCGCGCGGCCCGAGCGCGGCGCGGGCACACCGGCGGUGGACUCGCACCUCGCCUACGAGUACCCGGACAUGUACCUCGACAUCACGCGCAAGGUCGUCGCGCGCUUCAAGCACACGCGGCCGCCGGAGGCCGAGCUGUAG